UAUACUUUCAUAUCGAAUUUUGCUGUAGCUAUAUCAAAAAGCUCGCAAAGAGAAGAAAUUGCCUUUAAAAAUCGAACAAAUCAAAUGAUUUAAAAUAUUUUCUUAUUAAUAAAAGAGUCGAAUAGUUUGUUGUGGUGUAAAAUUAAUAAAUAAUAAUGGGUAACGAAACAUCCUUGCCCAUGGAGAUGUGCUCCAAUUUUGAUGCAGAUGAAAUCCGUCGAUUGGGAAAACGUUUUCGAAAACUCGAUUUGGAUAAUUCGGGAGCGCUUAGUGUCGAUGAAUUUAUGUCCCUCCCUGAACUCCAACAAAAUCCACUAGUUCAGCGUGUCAUAGAUAUAUUUGAUGCAGAUGGAAAUGGCGAAGUAGACUUCAAAGAAUUCAUUCAAGGUGUUUCACAGUUUAGUGUCAAAGGAGAUAAACUAUCAAAAUUACGCUUCGCAUUUCGCAUAUACGAUAUGGAUAAUGAUGGUUAUAUAUCAAAUGGUGAACUUUUUCAGGUACUUAAAAUGAUGGUAGGAAAUAAUCUUAAGGAUACACAGUUACAACAAAUUGUAGAUAAAACUAUUUGCUUUGCCGACAAAGAUGAGGACGGUAAAAUUUCAUUCGACGAAUUCUGUUCGGUUGUUGGAAAUACUGAUAUUCACAAAAAAAUGGUUGUAGAUGUUUAAGUUAAUGUAUGCCAUGUUUAAAUUUUUAUACAUUACUUUUUGUCAUGUUUUGUAUUUUUUAGACCAUGUUCUUAAAUCUUGUAUUUUUUUAAAACUAACAUCAAAAUUGUUUUCCUCAUAUUAAAUAUAAAAUAUAUACUUUAAAAAGUCUUUUUAUAUAUAAAUGUAAAUGAAAAAAACAAAAAAGAAUAAAUAAUAAUGAAACAAACAAUUUUGGGAAUAUAUAUUGAAACAAAAAGAAAAACUUGAUAUGAUUUAGCAAAAACUCGAAAAUAACGUUUUAUAUGUAAAUCAAUCUUUCAUUUCUCAUUUUAUUGAUAGCACUUUAAAUAUAAAUGAAAGAUGAUCAAAAUAUUAUUGAACAACUAACACAACUGAAACAAAUUUAACAAUACCAAAAAGGUUUUUUCAUUUCUUUCUAGCAAAAGAUAUCAAUAUAAAAUUAAAAAGCAAACAUUUUCUACUUCAAACUUAAUACUUAUAUUUAAGUAAUUAAAAAAAAAUCUAUAAUAAAUAUUAAAGGAACAACAUUAGGAUCAUUAGAAAAAUUACAUACAAAUUAAUAAAUAAUAAUUAUUAUAGUAAAGCAAAACAGAAACUAACACGAAAGAUUCCCUUUUUAAUAAAAUGCAUGUUAAAUAAAUUGAAAAAGAAAACUGUUACACCUCUCCCGUUUUUUCACAUACUUUUUUUUUUCAAAAUUAACUUGUUUUAUUUAAUAUGUCGUUUUGAACAAAUAUUAAAUGAAUACUUUUAUAUUUCUUGCAUUUUUUGUAAAUUGUAAAAAGAGUAAAAAUUAUUUUACAUAUAACUCUAGUCAACGUGAAUUUUUUAAAUCCUUUUUACUGUCAUAAGGUUUUAUUUUUUAUUUGCCAUAUAUAAUGUUAAUAGAAAACAAAGAAUAAAUAUUUUUACAAUAUGUAUAUUAUUUUUUUUGUUUAAUAUGAAGAUUUUUGGUUUUGUUUAUAUUUUUUUUCAAUAUUAUUUUGUUCUUUUUGAGAAUAUUUUGUAUGGUUUUGUAUGCCCUUAUUUUUAAUUCGUUCCAAAAUCAAUUUCAUAGGUUCCCGAGAUAUCGAUUAUUCGAAUUCUGAAACCUUCUCUUCGAAUUGAUUCAAGUUGAAGACAUUUACAAUUUGUUUAAAGGCAUAAUUUUGC